AUGGCGUGCCCAGAAACCAAGACGGCGGAUGGCUUCGAGUCGCAGCUUGCCAUCAACUAUCUCGGCCACUUCCUUCUCUACAAGCUACUCGAACAGACGCUUUUUUCCAGCUCCACGCCCGACUUUUCGUCCCGCGUCGUCAACGUCUCCUCCGCUGGCCAUCACAUGAGCACCGUCGUGCUCGACAACAUCAACCUUGAUGGCGAGUACGAGGCGUGGAAGGCAUACGGCAAUGCCAAGGCGGCCUGCAUCUGGAUGACAAACAAGAUUGAGCGCCGAUACGGCUCCAAGGGUCUGCACGGCCUCUCAUUGAUGCCUGGCGGUAUUGCCACGGGUCUGCAGCGCCACGUCGACCCGGAAAUGCUGAAGCAGUGGGGUUCCAGCGAGGCAACGCAAAAGUAUGGCAAAAGUCCGGCCCAAGGAGCGGCUACGACCAUGACAGCUGCAUUCGGCAAGGAGUGGGAGGGCAAGGGCGGUGUCUAUCUGGAAGAUUGCCAGGAAGCUGGCCCAGUCCCUGAGGGUGGUACACUGGCGGUCGGUGCCGCACCACACGCGUUUGACCCGGAGGGCGAGAAGAAACUGUGGAUUUUGUCUCUUAAGAUGCUGAAUUUGUCCGAGUAG